UAGUUACGAUUUGUUUUUGUUUCUUCUGCCGCAAGGAAAAAGCUGGGAGCAGCGAUCGAGCGAUCGAGCGAGCGGUUUCAUCACGGAGAAGAUCAAAAUGUCUGGAGGAGGGGGAAAAAAUGACUACCAGCAUCUGGUUCAAGAGCAGCUCCCCGAGCUCGACUACUGUGUCAAUGACAGCCCUCCUCUCGCCGAGACCAUUCUUGUCGGAUUCCAGCACUAUCUUACCAUGGUCGGAACAACGGUUUUGGUCACGACUCCUCUCGUUUACGCCAUGGGGGGGAACGAUAGGGACAAGGCUCGAGUGAUUCAAACGCUACUCUUUGCGAGCGGCAUCAACACGCUCAUCCAGUCCUUCCUUGGAACCAGGCUUCCGGCCAUUGUGGGGGGCUCCUACGCUUACAUCCUCCCCAUCUUCAGCAUCAUCAACUCUCCCAAGCUGCGAGCCAUCACAGACGAUCGCGAGAGGUUUCUUCACUCGAUGAAAGCUAUCCAGGGAGCUCUCAUCUGUGCCUCCAUUCUCCAGAUAGUCCUUGGCUUCAGUGGACUCUGGGGUAUUUUUUCAAGGUACACGAGUCCUCUCACUAUCGGUCCCGUGAUCUUGAUGGUCGGCAUUGGGAUGUUUCAGCUCGGCUUUCCCGGGGUUGGAAAGUGCGUCCAAAUUGGGAUCCCGCAGAUUCUUCUCAUACUCCUGUUCUCUCAGUAUCUCAAGACGCUCAAGGCGAGCAAGAAGAUGCCAUUCUUCGAGCGCUUUGCAAUUGUCAUCGCCGUGGCUCUCACCUGGGCCUACGCUCACUUCCUCACUAUCACUGGCGCUUACAAGCACUCGAGCGAGCUAGGACAGAUCCACUGCCGGACUGAUCGGGCCAAUCUCAUUCGAUCCUCUCCAUGGAUUCGUGUUCCAUACCCACUGGAAUGGGGAGCUCCAACUUUCAACGCGAGCCAUGCGUUUGGAAUGCUUGCUGGUGCCAUUGUGUCACUAGUCGAAUCGACUGGAUCGUUUUAUGGGAUUGCGCGGCUCGCUGGUGCUACGCCACCUCCCUCGUACGUCCUGAGCCGUGGCAUUGGCUGGCAGGGUGUUGGAAUUUUCAUAAAUGGUAUCUUUGGAACGGCAGCUGGUCCGACUAUCUCUGUUGAGAAUGCGGGGCUUGUUGGUAUCACUCGAGUUGGAAGCCGUCGAACCAUCCAAGUCGCAGCUUUCUUCAUGAUCUUUUUCAGCUUGUUCGGAAAAUUCGGUGGUAUCUUUGCAUCGAUCCCCGCGGCAAUGGUGGCUGGCAUCUACUGCGUGCUCUUUGGAGUCUUGGCUGCGAGUGGUGUCUCGUAUCUCCAGUUCACAAACCUCAACUUGCCUCGCAACUUGAUCAUUCUCGGCUUCUCCGUGUUCAUGGCUUUCUCCGUCCCGGAAUACAUUCGAGAGUUUACAAUCUCGGCUGGACACGGCCCAGUUCACACGAAAUCACACUGGUUUAACGAUAUAUUGAACGUGACUCUCUCGUCCGGGCCAGUGAUUGCGCUGAUCGUUGGCGUCGUCCUCGACAACACACUCAAGCUUAAGGUGACAAAGAAGGAUAGAGGAGCGAAUUGGUGGAAGAACUUCCGGACCUUUGGAGCUGACAAGAGGAACGAGGAGUUUUACAAGCUGCCUUUCAAUCUCAACAAGUUCUUUCCUCCAGUGUGACUAAUAGAGUUGUAUCUAAAGAUUAGUUUUUGUUUGACUUGGGUCAUUUAAGAGAAACGGUGACGUACUUCUAACGAGUA